AUGACCCCGUCCCAUAACCAGACUGAUCCCUGCCAGACGCUUCAGCUGCUCAUUAACACGCGCGAGCGCUCGCCAGCGCUGCCCGCCGGGUACCUCAGCCCCGCGCCGUCGCCUGAUGAGCUGCUGAUACAGCAGAGAAACGCUACAGCCGCUCAUCACACGCGUGAGCGCUCGCCAGCGCUGCCCGCCGGGUACCUCAGCCCCGCGCCGUCGCCUGACGAGCUGCUGAUACAGCAGAGAGGCCGCAAACGCCUGCCAACAACAUGGUCGCCCGACAUCGACUUGAAACGCAACUCCUCAUUCCAUUCUUUAAUACGCACGCCACCCAAAAAUACGGGUCGUUUCUCGCCCCCAAAGCUCGGGGUUACUCUGCGAUCCACCCCGCGGAAACGCUUACUCCUGGGCGACGUGGAAAGAAUCCCCCUGACACCAGAAAAGAUUGACUUCUCUGACAUCAGUACACCGCAGAAGUUCAAAAUAACCAGUCCAGUUAAAGCGACACCGCCGUCCAAGAGGUCCAGGGUCGAAAAACUGACAGAGUUCAAAGGGCCUAUCGAUGUCGCCCUCAAAGGACUCAGUCCCACUCAACUUAUCAACAUGAUCAAAACCAUCACGUACAAACAUCCCGAAGUGGAGGAUGAGAUCCGCAAGGACAUGCCAGUUCCUGACUUGUCACCUUUAGAAGAGAGGUUAAAUUAUUUGAAGUCGAACAUCUUCAAGAGUCUUCCGACCUCCCGUCUCACGUCCAAGACGGACUCACCUGCGUAUUCCCGUGUGGCGACUCACUUGGCCGCCUUCAAGAAGUGCGUUGUAGACCAAGGGAAGGUGUUAGUGGAAUCUCAACAUUGGGAGUCGGUAUUGGAGUAUGUUUUUCUAGCGUGGAGUUACGUUAGGGCAACGCCGGUGUGGGAUAAUCAGCCCCAUAAUGCUCAACGCAAACAGUGCUUUAGAGCACUUACGAAUUACUGCAUGACCGCUCUGAAGAAAGGUGGGAUGAGUCCAGACGUUUUGAUUGAUGUCCAGGACAAACUGCAGGGAAUGGUCGCAGACAACGAGGAAAUACAGUCGUGUCUGAAACUCAUCCAAGGACAACUGCAAGGAUCUGCAUAGGUACAUCUGUACCUGACUUGAUUUGAAAUGCAAACGAAAAGUGUAAAAUGGAUUUGGAAGGCAAAAUAUUUCUAAAAAGUUAAUACAAUGUUAAGGCAAAAUUAUCAAAAUCAAUGUAUGACUAAAUAUAAUUUCUCGAUUCCUUUAUAUUUAGAUUUCACGUUAUGUUGUUUUUAUAUACCUUAGCUUAUGACAAGACCGCCAUUUUAGUGAUAAAUUGAUCAUUAUUAUCAUAGGACAAUUAUUUUAGACUGAUCUUGAAAAGAAUCAAAUUGCAGAAAAGUAGUUUUCAUAUGUUUAUUUUUGUUAUUUAUAGGAAUGUAACUUGAACAUCAAAUUAUUUGAUUCUUUUCAAAGCUGUGAGUAAACCAAAACACAUCUAGGAUUAAGCUCAUGUACUGAUAGGUAGGAUUAUAAUUUUAUUAAGUAUUUUAUUGUUUACAACGUUUACUUUUAAGAAAUACAUCAUGUUGUUUGUUCGAUUACUAUAAUAUUAUGUACACUUCACGUUUAAGAACGUAAACUUCUCAAUUAAAAAUAUUUUUGACCUUUAUCCAGCGAAGGAAAGCUAUAUUAAAAUAUUUUCCAUUAAUAGUGAUCAAUAUUGUUGUUUGAUAAUUGAAUUAUUAAAAAUUGAAAUGUUGAAUUACUAUAUUUUCUGGCGUAUUAGAUGAUAAGAUUUAUUUUGUGAAUUUUUACAUUGGUUUACGUAAAAAUGUGCCUUAAAACUGUAAAGCUUUGCCUUAUGAAAUUCAAAGUGACUUAAUAUCUCGCGAUAUUGUAUGUUCCAGUUUUUGUAGUGAUUAAGCAUAUUUUACGCUUAAUAAAUUGUAUUUUUGAUUA